ACUGAUCCAAAGGACUUCUCCUGAAACAUCUGCGGUCGGCCGCCUAUUUUCAAGCCGCGUUCACCUUGCCUUGAAGAUGAAGUUAAAUACGAGCUGCCGUCAGGUGCAAGCCGCAUCCGAUGGAGCCUUGCUUUUUAUCGCGUUCAACGACCAACCCGAUGCAGCACUUCCUUAUGUUGCGGUCACAGUUGACAGAUUCUGAUAUGGACUAUGAGAGGCCAAACGUUGAAACUAUCAAGUGUGUGGUGGUAGGAGACAAUGCAGUUGGAAAGACCCGCCUUAUCUGCGCCCGGGCCUGCAAUGCCACACUGACUCAGUACCAGUUACUCGCUACACAUGUGCCCACAGUCUGGGCAAUUGACCAGUACAGAGUAUGCCAGGAGGUAUUAGAACGCUCCAGAGAUGUAGUGGAUGAUGUCAGCGUGUCCCUUCGGCUCUGGGAUACUUUCGGAGACCAUCAUAAGGACCGGCGUUUUGCAUAUGGCAGGUCUGAUGUGGUGGUACUGUGCUUCUCAAUCGCCAAUCCCAACUCUCUGUACCACGUGAAGACCAUGUGGUACCCUGAGAUCAAACACUUCUGCCCCCGUGCUCCUGUCAUCUUGGUGGGCUGUCAGCUGGACCUGCGCUAUGCUGACCUGGAGGCAGUGAACAGGGCACGGAGGCCUUUAGCAAGACCCAUUAAAUCGAAUGAGAUUCUUCCUCCAGAGAGAGGCCGGGAGGUGGCCAAAGAGCUGGGAGUGCCAUACUAUGAAACCAGUGUUGUUGCUCAGUUUGGAGUCAAGGACGUCUUUGAUAACGCUAUCCGAGCUGCGCUCAUCUCCCGCCGCCACCUACAGUUUUGGAAAUCUCACCUCAGAAAUGUGCAACGGCCUCUCCUUCAGGCGCCCUUCCUGCCACCGAAACCUCCCCCACCUAUAAUCACUGUGCCUCCUCCCCCAACCACCACAGAGGAGCAUCCAGUCGGUCUUCUGGAGGACCCACACUGUGCUGAUGUCAUUCUGGUUUUGCAGGAGCGACAGAAAAUCUUUGCACACAAGAUAUACUUGGCGACGUCCUCUUCAAAGUUCUACGACCUCUUCAUUAUGGACACACAAAAUGAGGAGACCGAAAGGCCCCCUCGUGGUCCUCUCUCUGGCCGAGAGCUGCUGAUGCGUGCUGCUAGCUUCGACGUUUGUGAGAGCAGCGAUGAUGGAGACAGGGCCAACCUGAGGGCCUGCACUAGUGAUGGGACCUUGAAAGAUUCUGAGGGGGGCCGACGGGGCAGACUGCUCUCCUCGUGGAGCCGAGCCUUCGUCAGUAUCCAGGAGGAGCUGGUAGAUGACCCUCUAACAUACAGCCCCAGGCCCAUGACUGUCGUGCACAUGGACCAGUCCAUGCAGCUCAGUCCUUUCCGAGCAGUACUCCGCUACCUGUACACAGGUCAGCUAGACGAGAACGAGAAAGAGCUAAUGCACAUUGCACACAUUGCUGAGCUGCUGGAGGUCUUUGACCUGCGGAUGAUGGUGGCAAACAUACUUAACAAUGAAGCCUUCAUGAACCAAGAAAUCACCAAAGCCUUCCAUGUACGACGCACAAACAGAGUCAAAGAGUGCUUGGCUAAAGGCACCUUUUCUGAUGUAGUAUUCAAGCUAGAUGAUGGGACGAUCAUGGCUCACAAGCCUUUACUCAUCUCUAGCUGUGACUGGAUGGCAGCUAUGUUUGGCGGUCCUUUUGUGGAGAGCUGCACCAAAGAGGUGCUGUUUCCCAACACGACUCGCAGCUGUAUGAGGGCUGUGCUAGAAUAUCUCUACACGGGGCGGUUUUGUUCUCGGCCUGACUUGGAUGCAAUGGAGCUUAUUGUUCUUGCCAAUCGUCUUUGCCUCCCCCACCUGGUUGCACUUACAGAGCUCUACACAGUAACAGUAUUGACAGAGGCGGCGAUGAUGGGGGCUGACAUUGAUGGAGAUGUGCUGGUGUACUUGGAUAUGGCCCAGUUCCACGGUGCCCAGCAGCUCACUGGCUGGUGUCUUCACCACAUCUGCACCAACUACAACAGUGUCUGCCGCAAGUUCCCCCGAGACAUGAAGGCCAAGUCUACAGAGAACCAAGAAUACUUUGAGAAACAUCGCUGGCCACCUGUGUGGUAUCUUAAAGAGGAUGACCACUACCAAAGAGCACGCAAAGAGCGCGACAAGGAGGACUACCUUUACCAGAGACGGCAGUGUAAACGCAAAUGGCUCUUCUGGAACCUUCCUUCCUCCCCUAACUCGAACUCUCCCUCUUCUGGCUCAUCCGCUGUCAUCUGACCAAGUGGUAAGGCCAGGUCCACUCUGGGGUACAUCAGUGUGGAUGCGAGUUGUAAAAGGUACAAUAGACAAGAUAAGCACUGCUGACUAGGUACGCCCCAAUUAUUCAGGCACACUCUUUCUCCUCCUGUUUGUUUGCCUCUGCAGUCAAACGGCACUCCUCCAGGUUUGCGAGUUCAGCUCAAUCUGGCGGUCGAAGUAAAAUUUUGUUCCUUAUAUUUUUAGCUUGGUGUACAUGAGAUUCAAACCUCAGUGACACGAACCUUACUGACAAAUGGCACAGUGUAAAUGGCGCAAAUAACAACUCAUGUCGAUUGUUAUGUGUUCGACCAUCUGAGUUUUAAGUUUUAGAACUAGGACUCUGCUGGCACAGAACUUUCCACCUAUGACCAUGAUUAUCAUCAAUUAACCUGAACUGAUAACCAAGUGCUGCU